UAUUAUUAAUCUAAUAAUUUUGCGAUAUUAAAAUAAUAGAAUAAGAAGGAAUGCACUGCUCAUCCUCUUCGUCGCGGAGUUGAUUUAUGGUGGAAUCGAAGCCCUAGCUCGCAGGGAUCCGAUCUCCGAAGCAACCCGACCACAUCUUCCCGCUCUAACUCGUGGUUGGAACUUUAGUUUCCUUCGCCGGAGAUUCUCCGAUCUUUUCAAUCAUGAAGGAAGGCAAAUCGGUGAAGCUCCAUGUGCAACAACACACGAACGGACAUCUGUCUCCGUUCAAACUGAAAUUGGCUAAAUGGUUGGAUCCAGAAGCCUCGUGGGACAAGGAUCAGCUGGGAGAUGCAUUGCACUGGAUACGACAAUUCGUGGCGCUCGUGUGCGGGUUGCUCUGCGGUGCCAUACCGUUGGCUGGGGGCAUAUGGAUAGUCAUGUUUUUGGUGCUAUCAUCUGGGAUCAUCUAUGGCUACUACGCAAUGGUAUUAAAGAUUGAUGAGGAAGAGUAUGGUGGUCAUGGGGCUCUCCUUCAGGAGGGGUUGUUCGCAUCCUUGACUCUCUUUCUGCUUGCUUGGAUUCUAGUCUACAGCUUGGCACACUUCUGAUUUUGAUGGACACGUGGGCAAAGUUAGGGUCGGAAAGCCCGGCUAUGCCCCCGAAGAUCAAAAACUGUCAAUUAUUUGCUAAUGUUAUUCGACUUUUUUGUCUUGAUGUAUCAAGAUUUAAUUUUGAAGAGCAGCAGUAGCUCCUUGUUUUUGGUUUUUCUUUCUUUUUCUUCCCCAUUGGAUAGCUGUUUCAGGACUCGCAUUUGAGAAGGGCCUUGCAGGUUUACUGAUGUAUGAUUAUAGCUUGUCAGAGAAUGCUUAUCAAAGAUUUGUCUCGAUCUUCAAAUGAAGCGACACUACCACAAUUUCUUGAUA